GUGGGGCAUUGUAUAUUUAUUUAUCUCACAUUUGCCAACUGCCCUCUAAGUACCAGAUCCCAUGGCAGGUAACGAGGGCACAGGUAGGAUCACCUAAUCUGUGUAUAGGGUUUGGGGAAAGACCAGGGAAAGUGGCAGGCUUACCAGGUGGGCCCACCUCCCUGGAUGGUCAUGGAGGAAAAAGCAGGUACGUUUAGAGCAAGGCAGCAUGGCUUUGUGACUACCAAAUAUCAGUAGCCAGAAGAGGAGCCCAAAGGUUUGGAUGUAGUAAAUUUCAGAAUCUGGGGGAGGGAAGGUGGAGCAGGGACUAUGGAUAGGAAAGCCGCGCUCCACCAAGUGUAUGCUGCCCUCUUGUGGUCCGAGGGACCGCCUCGGCUUCUUCAACUGCCUGUAGACCACGCAACCCGAGUGUUGCUAGCAGGCAAAAUGCGGCGUGUCCAAAAUAAUCGGAAACUAGCAAUCAUCCUCAACUAUUCCAACCAAAUAGUUGCCGGCUCUUCCCCAAAAUUUCCUAAAUUUUAAUUUUAACCAAAUUAAAAGUUAAUUUCUUCUCAAUUCUUCUUGCCAUUUCGGUGAUUAAUCAGCAUAUCGCUGGACAAAUAUCGGAGAGCCUAUUUUACUCUAGAUACUGUACUAGGCUCUGUGGGCCCCCGGGGCCGAAGCGCUAUGAUGCAGGCCCUUCCCAGGGUCACCACUACCGGAUCCUCCCAGCCUAUACGCCAAUCUUCUGCGGGCAAUGAGUUGUGCACAAGCUAAGGCUUAGUCCCUACUGAAGAUCGCCAGGGUUGCCCAGUGUCCCAGGAGUUCAGAACUCCGUAACUAAGGGUCUCUCCUUAGUUUGUAUCCACCAAUGCUUCACCUUCACUGAUAUGGUGUGUCAACGGUGACGCGCGCCAUCCAUCAUUUAAGGGCACAAAUCCGCGUUCUUCAGGCGCAGGACUCCUCCGAUAGGUGUUCCUCUCCCGGGCAUCACCUCUGCAGGCGCUGGCGUGCUCCGGCAUCACCGCGCGCAACGCAGGAGGCUGGCGAGGUGCGGGUACCAGCUCAGCUGAGCCGCACGGCCUCCCGGGUUCUCCUCAGGCCCCGCCCCCUGCGUGCGCGGCCCCGAGGCCCCGCGCGCUCCCGGUCCGCGCGCCAUCUUGAUUACACCGGGAGGUUCGAGCGUGGACUGGCCACAGUGUGCACAGCAAAGAGAAGUUCCCCAAGACCACCGGAGCGGAAUGGAACAUUACCGGAGGGCUGGCUCUGUCGAGCUGCCGGCAUCCUCCCCGAUACCCCAGCUACCUCCCGACACCCUGGAAAUGCGAGUCCGAGAUGGAAGCAAAAUCCGAAAUCUGCUCGGACUGGCGCUGGGUCGGCUGGAGGGGGGAAGCACAAGGCACGUGGUGUUCUCAGGCUCCGGCCGGGCUGCGGGAAAGGCCGUCAGCUGUGCGGAGAUUGUUAAACGGCGGGUUCCCGGCCUGCACCAACUCACCAAGCUUCGCUUCCUGCAGACUGAGGACAGCUGGGUCCCAACCUCACCAGACACGGGCCUAGACCCGCUUACAGUUCGACGCCAUGUGCCGGCAGUGUGGGUGCUGCUCAGUCGGGACCCCUUGGACCCCAGUGAAUGUGGCUACCAACCUCCGGGAGCACCCCCCGGCCUGGGCUCCAUACCUAGUUCCAGCUGUGGUCCCAGACCCCGAAGAAGGGCUCGGGACACCCGGUCCUGAAGACCGGCUGGACCUAACUGGACUCUAAACCUGAUAUCUGUGCCUUCUCUCGGAAGCACUUGUGUGACAUACCAGCAAGGCUUGCGACCACUGAAGUCCCGCCUCCCUUCCUCUGGAAUGUGGGGUGCACUGCUGUGAAGAAGGGCGGGUGGUGGGGUCAGCGCUGAAUUAAAGACUGCUUGAGGAGGAAUUCUGUCUCCAUCUGCAGUAUGUCUCUCUUGCCGUUUGGACAUCGGUCCAGGCAAGGGAAAUAAAGAUUGUGCCCAUA